AUGUCUUCCUCUGCCCCCAUCCUAACCUUCGAAACCGCAUCCCGCCAGCUCCCCGCGGAACUCCUCCUCCUCGUCCUCACCCAUUACAUCGGCACCCCCGAAUUCGUCGUCGACGCCUCGAAAGCGCCCCUUUACACGAUUUCCUACAAAAAUGCCUCUUCCCCCAUCCUUUCCAGUCUGCCUAGCGAGUUGGUACCAGAUUACCACAAGGUGCGCGUCCUAGGCUACAAGCGGGACGUCAAGACAUUUACAUCAGGAUACGACUUCUACAUGACACACCUCUUGCUAAGUCUGCACGCGAAAUCCCUUGUUCCCGCUUUUCCAAUCCCCGCAAGGCAUCACACUUCCCACUGCUUCCGCGCUGGUCCCUAUGCCCCGCCCCCGCCUCACGCCCUCUCCACAAUCCGUCUCGACCUCACGGCGCGAGAAUACUUCAACCUCUUCGCCGUCUUCCUGCCCCCCUCCCCCAACGACGACCGGUUCCUCCCUUCCGCCGCUGAAAUCUUCCUGGCUCACACAAGCCACCUCAUCCUACACUUCGGCGAUGCCUUCAAAGCCGCCAACCCAUGGUAUGAGACCGAGGACCCCGUGUGGUGCGAGACGCUUGAAGAAUACGACUACGGCGAGGCGCGCUGUAGACCGCAUGUAUGCGAUAGCGGGGCUAUCGUCGAUUGGAUAUUGGAGUCUGCGUGGGAUCACGAGUUCUUGCAACAUAUCCCUCAUAUUACACUAGAGGGUGAUGUGCAGGGAUGGGUGAGGAGGAAGUGGCAGGUUGUUUUUGAAAGAAACAGGGUGUAUUGGGAGGACCAAGCGGACUGGGGCGAUGAGGCUGAUCCGUUUGCGAUUCAUAAUCCGGAUAUUCCCGCCAUCAUGGCAAGAGGCGUGGGGGUUUAUGAGAAGAAGGAGGAGAAAAAAGGGGAAGAGGAAGAAGUGCAGGUGGACCCGAGACAUCUCUUCCCGCCACCCUGCAAGUGCGAGAUCGGGUGCUGGAGACUUGGUGGCGGGAAGGUGUUGGAUGAGCCUUUUUCGGAGGUCUCGUCUUGGGAUCAGUUUGAAGAAGCCAGGGAUGAGACACAGGAGGAUUGGAUGGACGGUGUUGAGUUGGGUCUGGAUAUGUAG